UUCUGCACACCAGCAGCCUGGAGGCAGCAGCGGGCACACAGUGCGUUCUUCCCCGGAAACUGAGACACCAGCAGAGCAAAACCUUUCGCACCGGCUCCGUCUCUUUGUCCAUCCAGCUCCCUGCUGAAGCAACAUCCACAGCAACACCAUGGCGACUGUAGUCGACACAAAACUAUACGACAUUCUCGGAGUAUCUCCAUCCGCAACAGAAAAUGAGCUGAAGAAGGCAUACCGGAAACUGGCUAAAGAAUACCACCCUGACAAGAACCCAAAUGCUGGUGACAAGUUCAAAGAAAUCAGUUUUGCCUAUGAAGUACUGACCAACCCUGAAAAGAAGGAACUUUAUGACCGCUAUGGAGAACAAGGCUUGCGGGAAGGAGGUGGGGGCGGCCCAGGGAUGGAUGAUAUCUUCUCCCACAUCUUUGGUGGUGGACUCUUUGGUUUCAUGGGUGGCCAGGGGAGUCGCUCCAGGAAUGGAGGCCGGAGGAGAGGAGAGGACAUGGUCCACCCACUCAAGGUGUCACUGGAGGACCUUUAUAAUGGGAAAACAACUAAACUGCAACUUAGCAAAAAUGUACUGUGUAGCACUUGUAACGGGCAGGGAGGCAAGACGGGCGCUGUACAAAAAUGUACAACAUGUAGGGGGCGUGGUAUGCGCAUCAUGAUAAGACAGCUGGCCCCAGGGAUGGUCCAACAGAUGCAGUCUGUGUGUACUGAUUGUAACGGAGAAGGUGAAGUUAUCAGUGAGAAAGACCGCUGUAAAAAAUGCGAGGGCAAGAAAGUGGUGAAGGAGGUGAAGAUCCUGGAGGUACACGUGGACAAAGGCAUGAAGCACGGGCAGAAAAUAACUUUUGGAGGAGAGGCUGACCAGGCACCUGGCGUCGAGCCUGGUGAUAUAGUCCUCGUCUUGCAGGAAAAAGAUAAUGAGACAUUCAGGCGAGAUGGAAACGACCUGUUCAUGAACCACAAGAUCGGGCUGGUGGAGGCGUUGUGUGGCUUCCAGUUUAUGCUGAAACACUUAGAUGGAAGACAGAUCGUUGUGAAGUACCCUGCUGGCAAAGUCAUCGAACCAGGCUCGGUCAGGGUGGUGCGAGGAGAGGGCAUGCCACAGUACCGAAACCCCUUUGAGAAGGGAGAUCUGUAUGUCAAGUUUGAUGUCCAGUUCCCCGACAACAACUGGAUCAGCCCUGAGAAACUUGUGGAGCUGGAGGACAUGCUGCCAUCACGGUCAGAGCCGCCCAUCAUCACUGGAGACACGGAGGAGGUCGACCUGCAGGAUUAUGAUGUCAGCCAGAGCUCGUCGUCGGGUGGCCGCAGAGAGGCUUACAAUGACAGCUCCGAUGAAGAGGGUGGCCACCACGGGCCGGGGGUACAGUGUGCCCACCAGUAGUCUCUAACACAGAUGCUCUCUGAAUCACACAAACACACACACACACACACACACACACACACACACACACGACCCAUGUUCUGCUUGGGGAGAAAAUGUUUGAGUUGCAGAGUAAACAAGGAUGUAGGUGAGUGUGAGAAGGCAUGGUAAUUCCUCAGACACAGAUCAAAUAAACACAUUGAAUCACGGAGCUGGCAAUUAUUGAUUGUCAUCGACUUGUACGCUGUGAUUAUUUCGAUCUUUGUCCGAGGGAGACUCGCACUGGGGCAGCCGAAGACUCUGCACUGCACCUGAAUCAGAUUUAGACACUUUAAACAGCAACUUCAGGUAGAAGUCAUAUUAAGUAUUUAAGAUGUAUCAAAACUAAAGGUUGCUCCAGUGAAUGCUAGCCAUGUAGGAUUAUGAUCUGGUGUUCAAGCUGAACCCUGCACCCAUCUACUUCUCUUUCCCCCUUGUUGAAGUCCAUUCCCCUCCGCUAAUGGGAGCUCCAGAUCAGUUAAAUACAGGAAUGUUUCUUGUUUGCUGAGUGUGUGACUUGCAUUUUGUUUUCAUAGUAUUUACAAUUAUUAAUUUAAAAACUAACCGAUGUGCAUACAAAGCAGCUGAGCUAUGUGACGUGCAGAUCCUUGGACUCAUGGAUUCAUCCACUCAGCGCCAUUCGUAGGACUUGUCUGAUUUUUACAGCUUCCUUUGUAGGUUUUUACUCAUUUUUUUCUUUCUUUAUAUUUUAAUUGAAACCGAAAAUUGGUUAUUGUGUAUAUCAUUGAACUGGUUGUUGGUAAGCUUCAUCAGCUGCUGUAUUCAAAGCUGUGUGAUUUCCAAAAAAAGCAAAAAGACAAGUGAAAUGACAAAUGUAAUGCCUUGUAUCUGUGCUGAGACCAUGUGCAUGUAAAAAGCUUUGGUUCCCGCACUUAUCAAAACAUCAAAGAAAGCAGCACACUUCCUAAGAAAAUGUCUAUGAAGUUGUUGAAUAAAUUGUUGAAAUAUCA